GCUCAGCGGGAUGUGACCAUGCGGUCAGGCCAGACCAGAAGAGAACGAGGACGAAGAGCACUCAGGCCCAUAUUCAACCGUGCAAGCAUGCGGUCGAGGCAGCCGGCAGUGCACGGGGAUAAGUGAGUUUGCAAGAAGACGCUGUCACACGCAACCACCCAGCUACCAAAGACGAAAGCAAGAGACAUGAAUCUCGUUGCCCUUGUCGCUCUCGUCACAGCGGCUAGUGCCGUAGCCCGGCCCGCAACAGGAUUGGGUCGUCGUCAGGACAGCAUACCUUUGGUCAAGAGCAACUCCAGCGAGGUUCACGUGGGAGACGAUCCUUACGAACCCUUUGGCGGAGGCUCGCCAAACUUCCCAUAUGCGAGUGGCCUCAACUCCUGCAAUCGAAGCCAAUACUCUUUUCAGAUCUUGUUCAACGCUGCUGAGAUCUACAGAAACAAUACCUACCGCUUCGUGCUUGGGCAACCACGCUUUACUCCUGAGGGUCCUGUCAUAGAAGGGGACAAAGUUUUUGUCGACCACACAUACAACACCUCACAGAUCACCCAGAAGGAUGAUAGUGGGGUUUCAUUCUCUGGAUACAGCCUCUUGUUCUUCGACAUGUAUCCAGGGGCACUAGCAAACGAAAUCCCCAGCCACCCCUGGACCCUUAACACCGGAAACACCACAGACGGCUUUGUUCUUCCGGGCUUAUAUUCAGUCACUGGCUAUGUGACGUAUGGCAACGGCACGGUUGUCAACGCGGGCUACGACAACAUCACCGUGAGCUCUGACAAGAAUUGCACUUCGGAAUUCACGAGUACCGACUUGAAGAAGGCGACGCAGACGGACGACGCGACGUCAGCAACUUUAGGUAUUGGUCUCACUGCGUCUAUUUUCGGUGCUGCUCUCGCCAUGCUCCUGCUCGCGUAAAUUUGUGAACAGAGGAAAGGAAUGGUUCUUGGUGAACUUGCAGUACUAUACAACUUGGCUAGACCGUAUUCAUUGUACUGUAUCAAUUCCUCAUUAUUUCGCAAGCAAGAACAACUUCUCAUCUGUG